AUGGGUGAAAGAUUUGAGUGGGUUCAAAUCAUCGAACCAAAAUCCAAGGACAGUAUGUAUGCCAAUCUUGUUACUGGUGAAUGCGUUUGGGAAGCACCACCCGAUGCAAAAAUUAAACCUACAGACGACAAUCAAUGGUGGGAAUUAUUCGAUGCAAGUACGAAACGUAAUUAUUAUUAUAAUGCAAAAAAUCAACGAACUGUUUGGCAACGACCAUCAGGUGCUGAUAUUAUUCCCUUAGCUAAACUGCAGAUGAUAAAAGAAAAUACAGAGUCUAGAGAUGAGCAAACAACCAUCAUUCCAUCAACAUCUUUUGUCAAUCAUACGGUUCAACAAUUAACUACAAUAAAUAAUACACAAUCUCUAAUCAAUACUAAAUGGAAACAAAUAUCUUUGCAAGGUCUUGAUACAACACCGCCGGAAGCAAAGUUAAAAAUUGCUACUCCGCCAUUUCAUUCAUCGACACAACGAUCUAUUCAUCGUACAGCAGCUAUUAUUUAUCCACAUACAAUGCUCUCAUCAUUGACAACAAAUGAUUUAACAUUUUCAAUGAAUGUCAAUAAUGACAAACCAACGUAUGAUAAUAUAAUUGGUUCAAUUCAUAAUUCAUGUUACAAAAAAUCCAGCCAACAUUUUAAAAACGAUUCCUAUGAUAACUAUCCAAGUAUUUCUAGUAAGCAGCAAAAUCCCUCAGAACAAUCAUUACAUGCAAAACGUUCUCAAAGUAUUCACUCAAAAACUCCAUUUACAUUUCAAAUAGCAAAAAAUGAAAACAAUUAUUAUCAUACAAAUGUAAAAAAGAAUCAAUUCUCACAGAAUCAUCAAAAAUCAUCGCAUAUACUUCGUCAUAUUAGUACACCAUCGUUAGAAUUAUUUCAUAAUAAUCAAACGAAUUCAGUAAAUUUCAUUCGAUCAACAGUUCAAUGUAAUAAUACGAGAAAGAAACAACCACGUACUAAUCCGAAUUAUGUUAAUAUACAAAUAACAACAAAUGAUGGUUCAUUACGCAGUACAUAUAUUCGUAUUAACGAUGUGCAAAACUGUCAAACAAACGCAAAAGUUUCAUCAUCAUCAUCAUCAUCGAGUAGUAAUACGUCUGAACAAAACCCAAUGCAAUAUAAUUCGCAAUCUUAUUUCAAUGAAUCAACUGAAUGUUUUCCUAGCGAUGAAACAAUUGGUACUAAUCAAAUGAAUAAUGAAGAAAGAAAUGAAAUAAUCAGAAAUCAUUUGUCUUUAUCAUUAUCAUUAUCAUCAUCAUCAUCAUCAUCAUCAUCAUCACCAAUCGAUUGUAAUGAGAAUCAAAUCAAUAAUGAUGUUACAUUAACUAGUAAAACAGGCCUUAUGAUGAAACAAUUAAAAACAUGUACUGAUGAAUUUGUUUUCCAUUCGACAAUGGAUCCUAUGAGUCUUAAUCUUCAACAAAUUAAAACAAUUAAUAAUGUUAAUAAUGAAAAUAAAAAUGAUGCCACUAUCAAAUAUGGUUCGAAUUCAAAUACAUCAACACUUUCAUCACCGAUUCUACCGAUUUAUUAUGAUAGUUAUUCAAAUUCACCUUCACUGGCCUCUCAUUCAAUGAAUCGAUCGCAUGAUACGGGCAGUAUUGAUUCAUCAUCAAGUUUCACACAAUCAGGAUCAAUUCAUGUCAAUGGAUCAUGUAAAAAUAAAAAGAAUAUUCAGACAUCUGUUGAAAAACAACGAAUUCCAUCAGUAUCAUCAACAAAAUCUUCGAGAACAAUGAACGAAAUAGAUUCUAUUACACCUCUUCAUGAUAUGUUAAAUCUAAAUAAACAUAAACGAGGUUUAUUUAGUAAACGCUUGACACAAAACAAUUUAUUAUCAUGGUCAAAAGAAAGUAUUAAAAAACCAUUAUUGUCGACAACCGAUAAAAUACUUAAAAAAGAAGCAUCAAAUAUAUUUAAAAUCAUACAAAUCUAUAUGGGAGAUAGAAAAUCUAAGCAAACAGCAUCGUUAAAUAUAUGUUUAGAAUUAACAACCAAAGGUUGGAGUUUACCAUCAAUACGUGAUGAACUUUAUUUACAAUUAAUUAAACAAACAACUUGCAAUAAUAAUGCUGACAGUUUACAACGAGGAUGGGAACUAAUGGCGAUUUGUCUUUCAUUUUUUCCACCAUCAAGUAAAUUUCAAAUGUUACUUGAACAUUACAUAUUAAUACAAACUAAUGGAGAUGCUAAUACAUUUGAAGUGCCAAUAUCAAUCUACGCUAAAGUUUGUCAAAAACGUCUAGAAAAAAUUCUUCAAACUGGUCCAAAACGAGGCUUAAAAAAGCCAACUUUUGAAGAAAUCGAACUGUCGAAGCAUACAAUUCAUUUUCCUUCAAUGUUUGGUACUAGUCUUGAAGAAGUAAUGGCCAUGCAACGAACACGUUACCCUGAAAAACGUCUACCAUGGAUUCAAACAACUUUAUCUGAAGAAGUAUUAAAAUUAAAAGGUGCACAAAUAGAAGGCAUAUUUCGAGUACCAGGUGACUUAGAUAGUGUUAAUGCAUUAAAAGUCAAAUGCGAUCAAUGGCAAUUUCCACAUCUUGAAGAUGCUCAUUUACCAGCAUCAUUGUUAAAACUUUGGUAUCGUGAAUUAGCUGAACCAUUAAUUCCUACGAUGUUCUAUGAACAAUGCAUAUUAAACUGUGAUAAAGCAGAAGCAUGUAUACGUCUUGUUAAUUCGUUACCUGAUAUAAAUCGAAUUGUUUUAACAUAUCUUAUUCGUUUUCUUCAAAUAUUUUCUACAUCGGAUAAUGUUAUCUAUACAAAAAUGGAUGUGAAUAAUUUAUCGAUGGUAUUUGCGCCGAAUAUUCUGCGAUGUAAUUCAGAUGAUGCAAAAGUUAUAUUUGAAAAUGCACGAAAAGAAAUGUUAUUUAUUAAAAUUCUUAUAUUGCACUUGGAUACUGAUUCAAUGGAAGGUGUCAUUUAA